CGCAGCUAUAAACAUGGCUCAUACCCAUGCCCCUUCCUCCAGGCCCCCAUACUCUGCCGCGCGACUCGCGGCCCCCGCUCAUUUCUUCUCUCGCUUUCACCGUCUCUAUGUCUGACGACGAACAUGUCGCCAUAUUCUGGGACUACGAGAACUGCUGCCCUUCGAGUAGUAUGACCGGUUACGACAUCGUCAACAAUAUUCGCGAGAUUGCACAUACUUAUGGAAGUGUAAUCCUCUUCAAGGCCUACCUAGAACUGUCCGAGCAGUCCCCAAAGUCUACUUUGCUACGUUCAGAGUUACAAUCAUGUGGUGUGUCUCUUACGGACUGCCCGCACAACGGAAGGAAGGAUGUUGCCGAUAAGAUGAUGAUAGUGGACAUGCUUACCUAUGCACUGGACACUCCCGCGCCAGCGACGAUCGUCCUGAUAUCCGGCGACAGAGACUUUGUCUACGCAGUGUCGGUGCUACGACUCCGCCGAUACCGCGUCGUCCUCGUCGCACCGCAUACGACCCACAACAGCCUCAGAUCGCAGGCGACUGUCGUUCUCGACUGGAGCACCGACGUCCUCGGGAAGGAGAAGCUGCCAUCGGGUCUUCCUACCCCUGCGGAACCUCCGCGCCCCGGGCACAGGAGAGCCCAAUCCUCCGUGAAUCCGGCGCAAGCUCAAGGUUCGCCUCUCGCAGCGAAAGCUUCGCGCCGUCUAUCCUUCCGUGAUGCACCCUCGCAACGCCCUGCUAUCGAACCAUUGCAGAAUCAGGCGAGCUCGAGAAGCCCACGUGCGCCGACGACACCGCUGCAGGCAGCGUGGACACCUGCUGAGGUCGAUACGGCGGGCUCAAGCGGCAGCCUGCUGCGUCCCCAACGGUCGGCUCAGAUAGGGCUGCCUACCCCGUCAUCUGACUCAGGCUCCGCUGGCCUUGGACCAAAGAGCGUCCCUGAAGAGGCUGUCGACUCCGAUUCCGGCGAUUCACUGACGGAUGGUAUCGCGGAUCUGAACCUUCACCUCAAGAACUUCACUAGUAGCCGGACGCCUUCUAACAACUCUGCGUCAGUACGUGUAAACCUCAGCAAGAUCGCAUGACGCUCCUGCUGACGUGCAGCUCUUCGUGUUAGCCGUACAUCUCGGUCACUCCUGU